AUGUCUGCCUCCGAGGCUGCAGCUGCCGCUGCGAAGUCCGAGCCCACAAACAAGAAUGCCUCCCAAGGUCAUCCUGGCCGGUUCUCUAGGCCCAACUACAGACAAAUUCAUCGUUUCCCUCUUCCCAUCAGUGUGCAUCCUCUGCCUCCUCUAAUACCACAUAACCCUCUGUCCAUUGUCAGCGUGUUGCUCUCGUAUUUGACAUACUUGAUUGCUCCCCCGCACCAUGAAGUCUACUCGGCUUACUUUGACUCCGAGACAUCAUCCGUUCAUGUUACAGAUGCCAAAGCCAUCCGAGCGUUGUGGGAGAUGGGCUUUUUUGGUAAAGGAAAUCUGAGUCGAAGUGAGCCUAGCUGGUUGGAACGGGAGAAGAAGAGGAGAGGGUUGCUCGGUGGCGUUACCAGUGAAGAGGUUACACGCCAGCGGAGAACCGAGCGUCGCGAGUUGAAAUUAGAGAGGGCAAGGAUGGAGAAGCUGGCUAUCGAACAGAGACUUGUGGCGGAAGCUGCCGCGAGGGAAGCCAGCGACACAUCAAUUGAUCAGUCGGCUCUGCCACCAUCCGCAGAUGGUGUCACUAAUGGUAAACCUGCUACAGAGAAGUUUUCCCUGAGGAAAGCUAGGGAGGCCAAAUUGUCUGGGUCACAACGCUCAGUAGCACAAACGGAGGGAACCGAUACACCCGACACCCCUGAUAUCUCUACCUCCAGCGGGAGUAAAACUGUGCGGUUCUCUCCGGUCGUUCAAGCAAAGGAGUUUGUUUCUGAUUCGAGUGUCGUGCGUGCGCCCGAUUCGGCAAUUGACGAACACGGAAUGGAGGAUAAGCCUUCACUGAACAAUGAGGAGCACCUUCAACUGUCUAACGAGGAGGCUUUCUUUCUGGUAUACGGGCUUGGCGCUCUACAGAUCGUGGAUGGCAAACGAAAUGCUGUUCUGGCCCCUCCCUCUCUACUGUCUCAGUUCUGUCAGCAUUCGUACUGCCCUCCUCGUGAUCCUUCAGCCGAUUUAGAACCAGACGACCCUUUCAUGAUAUCCUACAUUGUGUAUCACCACUUUCGGUCCCUUGGAUGGGUUGUGCGCUCCGGAGUGAAAUUCGGAGUGGAUUACCUCCUCUACAAUCGCGGGCCUGUCUUCUCGCAUGCAGAAUUUGCCGUUGUGGUCAUACCAUCAUUUGUGCACCCUCACUGGUCCGAGAAUGAGGAGAGGAAGGCUCAUUGUGCUAGGAAACAGGCGCGCAGCUGGUGGUGGCUCCAUUGCGUUAACCGAGUGCAAGCCCAGGUGAAGAAGAGCCUGGUGGUCUGCUACGUGGAAGUCCCACCACCCAUGUCCGGAGAAACCAAUGUACCUUCAGAGGAUAUUGGCGCUCUUCUUGCUCGUUAUACAGUACGAGAGAUGUUGAUCAGGCGAUGGGUGCCAAACCGGACUCGGGACUAG